AUGAUUAAUAGUCCAUUACUUGAUUUAUUAUUCACUACAACUAUUAAAAUGAAAUAUAAGAGAAAUCGAAUGAAAAUUAAUAUUAAUUUUACAAUGUUAUUAAAUAUUAUUCAAUCAGAAUUCCUUGAUGCAUAUCGUGAUUAUACAGAAAAAUUUCAAUUUAUUGAACUUUCACAAGAAUUAACAAUAAUACCAAUACAUUUAAUUCGUUUAUUCUUUUCUUCGAUUGUCUUGAACAUAUGUGGAAAACAUUCGUCUUCACUUAUUAUAUGUUUAAAUUUUAGUGGUCUUCAUAAAGCAAAGAAACGAGUAAGUGGAACUUUUUUUUAUUUAAUUUAGAAUCUAAUAAACAUUUAACAAAAAAAAAAUGAAUUGUUCAAUUCAUUUAUUAGAACAGGAAUGGUCGAAUAGUUUCGAUUCAAGUAAACAAAUGAAUGUAUGAUCAAAAGACAAGUAAGUAUUUCAAAUGAGAAUUUUUCAUAAUUAAACUAAAAAUAUUCAGAAAAUUUUGGCUCAUUUAACAACUGAAACGAAUCGAAAAUGCGUGCGCUCAUAAAGUUCUGAUCUACUAGUGAAACUCGUCGUGAUAUCUCAUUUACUAUCAAGUCAAAACUUUCAAACACAUUAGUUAUUCUUUCUUGUUGUCUAUCUAUUGAUAUUGAUUACAUUUUGAAUAAUUAAUAUUUUAAGUUUGUUUUAUAAAAACUUAUGAAAUAGUUCAGUGACUGAAUAUUCUGAUUGGUGUUUUUAUUUUCGUUGUUUUGACUGUAGUGAUAUAUUAAAUCAUGAGAAAAAAUAAACUAAAUAAGAAUUAUUGUUAGGUUUAAUAAGCGUAGCUACAAGGAAAAUAAAAGUGACUUCUACUAAAUUACUUUUAAAGUAAUUCAAAAACUAACUGUACUGAAGCUCAAAUAGAAAUUUCAUAGAUGAACAAUUCAAUAAUCAUCUCUAAAGUUAUCAUGAUAACAUAGGGUACAAAAGCCGUGAAACUAAUUAUUCCUUUAUGUAGUGGUGAGUUAAGUUUGCAUUAAUUGAUGUUUGCACUAAACAAAAUCAAUAUUUUCAUCAUUCAUAACUUCUUUAAAUAGAUGAUGCAACUGAUUUUCAGUCUCUUCUGCUAUGUAAAUAUAUAAUUAGAUAAGAAAUUCUGUCGAACUAACUUCAUGCUAUAAAGUUAGGUUUUGAGUUGAAAAAGAAAAAAAUGAGCCGAAUAAAAUUUUUGUAUCGAUUUCAGUUCGGAGUUGUUUCAAACAUCUACUUCUAUUAUGGAAUGUUUAAAUUAGAAAUAACUCAUGAACAAAUAUUCUCGAAAUUUAUUGUUUUCCCUAAUAAAUAUCCAAAACAGGAAGGAAUAUUUUAUUAUAACACUUCACAGUAGAAGUCAUGCUGACAUAAAUACCUUCAUAAGAAAAAUUAGUAUAAAGUACCUGUAAGAAUCUUUCAUUUUUCUUUGAUGUCAUUUGUAUGCCAAAUUUAGUAUAAUAGUUUUGAUGCAAGAAAGUACUCGGUACUUAUCUCAAGAAAAAUCUUAGUAUUCUUCGAGAAAAGAACUCCAAAUGUUUUGCUAUUCUCGAAGAAAAGCGAAACCUUUUCCUCAUUUUGAACUGUCACAAUCUGCAAAAGCAGGAUAUAAUUAGAUGUUCAAUAUAAUUCCUCGACACAAUUGAUCAUCGAACAUUAUUCAAGGCAUCAUCAAAAUUUUUCUUACUUUUUAGUUUAGAUGUUAAAAGGACGAGAUCAAUUUUUAAAUAAAAUCUUAUCAAAAACUUUUCUCAUCUAUCGAAGGACAACCAUCAGAUGAGAAUAUGAAAAGUUGAGUGGCGAAAUAUGGUUAUUCCGAACCUUCGUUCUCCACAUAUCAAACUUUUACUAGAUGUUUAAUCAGCUUAAAAACAUGUAGUUUCCAUCAAGUCAUCUAGAAAAUAGAAUUUCGAUUUCAAGCUUUGCGCGAACAAAGUUAUUAACGAGAUUCGUUAAUAAAGAAAAAUUUCGUUUAUUCAAUAUCUCAGGAUAGAAAAAAAGAACCAGAAAAGUUACAACAUGCCCAAAGAAUAAAUCUAAUGUUUAUGCAAAAUUUGAUUUCAGAAGUCGAUUUUUCAUGUGACCUGAGUAGGACUACAGAUCUUUGUUGAAAAACAACGAAGAUUCGAAAAACAGAACCAUUCUAAACUUUUCUAUUACUCAUCAAAUGAACAUCGCCUCAAUCGAAAAGUAUAUCGUUGUUUCAAGCUGAAUUUUUGUUCACAUUUAGGAUUUGUUCAUGAAAACUGUUCAUCAUUUGAAUUCUUCGCCAUUUAUACAAUCCAUUCAAGAACAUAAGUUCGCUGAAUAUUAGCUUUAAUUUUUUUCCAUUCGAUUUCUAUACUUUUACAAUGAAUGUAUAAACUAAUAAAGCAAUCGGUAUCUUUGUUUUACUCAAAACAGAAAAUUUGAUAUGUUAUUAUCCUUUUUUGUUU